AUGGCCAACGAUCUUGUCGAGGCGCCUGCGAAGACGCCGCUUCAGCGCGCCAGCCUGCCAUGGCGCGUCUCUUCGUCCAUGAUCAUGGGCCUCACGAGCAUGCUGUCGAGGGGCUUUCUUUACGGCCUGAACAAUGUCGAAGUUACUGGUCUGCAGAGGUUCCUCAAGAUAUUAGACGAGAGACAAGAUGUAGAUCAGAGGAAGCGAGGUCUCAUGACAGUAUGCAACCACGUCAGCGUAAUAGAUGAUCCUGUGAUGUGGGGGAUCUUACCCGCUCGUUACUCCUUCAACCCAUCCAACCUGAGAUGGGGACUGGGCGCUCAUGAUAUAUGUUUCAAGAACAAAGCACUUUCGACUUUCUUCAGUCUCGGCCAGGUCCUUCCUACGCACCGGCAGCUGUAUUCUCAACACGGAGGCCCUUUUCAGUCCACAAUUCCCCAAGCGAUACGGCUCCUCUCAUCCCAGCCUUUUACCGCCCUGCAGCCCGGUACUCUCUCUCUCGCUUCGGAAACCUCAGAUGUCGCAGACCCCUUCACCACGGGUGAUCUCACUUACACCACUACUGGCACAGAUUCAAUUCCAUCGCCGAGCGUCUACGCCCAGAACCGCUUCGCCUGGGUUCACGUGUUCCCAGAGGGUUGUAUCCACCAGCAUCCUUCUCUCUCGAUGCGCUACUUCAAAUGGGGCAUGUCGCGGCUGAUUCUCGAGUCUGAGCCCAUGCCGGACGUGAUGCCCAUGUUCAUCGACGGGACGCAGCAUAUGAUGAGCGAGGAAAGAACGUUCCCACGCUUUCUGCCGCGAGGGGGCAAGACCCUCCGCGUUGCCUUCGGUGAGCUCCUAGACACCGAAAAGGCAUUUGGCGACCUGAGAGCGCGGUGGCAGGAGCUGGUCCGCAAGGAGACCUCGAGGAAGAAGGUCGCCGGAGAGGAGAAGCAGGUGGUUCUCGCGAUGGGCGAGCUGACGGAUGAGCUGAAGUACGGGCGUGAGGCCGUGGAGCUCAGGAUCGAGGUCGCGAAGCGCGUCCGGGACGAGAUCGAGAAGUUGAGGAUAAGCCUGGGAUACCCCGAGGAUGAUCCCAAAUUGGGACUCGCAGAGACAUGGGCCAAGGAGCCGCCCACGAAGGCGUACAGGAGUAAUGUGGACGACAGCCUUGUCAGGAAAGAGUAG